AUGCCUAGUGCUAUUAAAAAGCAGGUAAAUAUAAAGCUAAGCAUAAAUAAGGCAGUAAAUUACCUAAAACAUAUAACUAAAGCUUUUAAUAAGAAUAUUAAGUUUAAGGAGGAGGAGGAGGCAGCCUUACCUAUAAAGAUAACCUUAAUUAUAUAUAGUAUGCUAUAUUAUAAAAGUAACCUUAACUACUGCAGGCAGCUAAAUUAUAUAUACUACCUAGCAGUUAUUAAAGGUAAAGUAAAGAAUUAUUUAAUAAGAGGCACUAAAUUUAAGAAAAAGGUUUUAGUUAAGAUACUAAUAUCUGCUUAUAAAAUAUAUAAGCGCUUAAGGAACUUUAAUAUUAACUAUAUAUCUUAUAGCUAUAAAAAUAAUAUCCUAGUAACUUAA